UGUUAUUUUUGUGUGUCCGUCGUGUCUCAGUCUUAAUAAAUAUGUGGUCGCAAUUUCGUUAUUUAUGCAUGCUUUUAAGUACUCUGUAUUUCCCGGUCAGUUUGGGUGUUCGGGAAAUGGUUGAAGACGAGUUCUUCGUUAAGCCUGGUGGGGAAGUCCAUGUAACUGAGAAGAAACUGGGAACCUUCGGGUGCAUUUUCACAUAUGCAGCGCAAGGUGGCACACAUGAGAAUUGGCUGUUCCAAAUUUCUAAAGAAGAAAACGGCUAUAUUUGUUCUGUAGAGAGGCCUGAUGGACGGUCAUACCUGUUCUUUCAGCAGUUCAAACUGGCAGUUGUUGGGGCAUCUAUAGCAGAGGCGGAAGUUACAGGGGAUGCUGGAACAGAAUUACGUAGUGAAGAAUAUAUUAUUGAUGAAACCAAAAAUCAAGUUUACCAUGCUGAAGGCAAAUUCCGUUCACAACUAACGCGAAUUACAAUUCUGGCUCACAAUCCUCAUGUAGAACUAUGAAGACGUCGUCAUUGAAAACACACAGUACUGCUUAUUAUAUGCCGUUGGUUUUUCAUUAUUCAAUGCUUACAUAUCUAAUAUUUACACAUUCUGUUUUUAUAGAUAAAAAAUAUGCUGCUGAAAGUGCAAUGACCAAUAAUAUCAUGCAUCCUCUUGUUGCAGAAAAUAACACACACUUGAAUAAUUAUGACUACCUAAUAUUUGAGAGGUUUAUAAUCUAUAUAGGAGCCAACCAUAUUGAAAAAACCAAAUUCACAAGAGUAAAAACAUACACUAGAGAAUGGGGUUAACAGUGUGUGUAUUAUUUUAUGAAAAAUACAAACUAAUUAACACAAAAUAUCAAAAAUCAUAAUUGUAUUAUUUACUCUUUACAGAACAGAGUUGUUUUGUACUGUUUAAAAAAUUAUGAAACAAAUAGUUGAUUCUCCCAAAAUUUUCAAAAUUAUUUAGAUGAGGAUAAUGAUUGCUUCAUAUAUAGUUUUAUAGAUAGUUUAUCCUGCUUAUUAUGAAACAAUAAAUCUAAUUUGUAUUAUGAAUUAGAUAUUUUAAUUAUAUGAUAAAUAAGAUGAUAGGUCGCUUAAUUGAUAUUUGUCCUAGUUUAUUGUAAAACAUAUUUUGUUUUUAUAAAAGUUUAGUUAGUACAUAAUUAUUACUUUAGUAAUAAUUAAUUUAUAGAUUAAUUUAAACAAUUAUUUAGAUGAGGAUAAUGAUUGCUUAAUAUAUAGUCUUAUAAAUAGUUCAUCCUGCUUAUUAUGAAACAAAAAAUCUGUUUAAUGAAUUAGAUAUUUUAAUUAAAUGAUAAAUAAGGUGAUAGGUCGCUUUAUAUAUGUAUUUAUUUGUUCAAUACAAGUUUAGUUAGUACAUAAUUAUUACUUUAGUAAUAAUUAAUUUAUAGAUUAAUUAAAAAAAUUAUUUAGAUGAGGAUAAUGAUUGCUUAAUAUGUAGUUUCAUAAAUAGUUCAUCCUGCUUAUUAUGAAAC